GCAGCGGGCGCGGCGGGGGAACGAGAUGAGCAGCGCCGGCGCCGCUGCAAGAUGCUGGAUGGACACGUCCUGCUGGGAUGGCUCUCCUCCUGCGCGCUCCUAGGGCUGCUCGCCUGCGCCCCGCGGCCCUCCGCCGCCUACUUCGGGCUGACAGGGAACGAACCCCUGACCAUCCUCCCUCUGACCUCAGAAAUGGAGGAAGCUGCCGUCAAAGCCCACUACAAAGUCUGUGACCGCCUGAAGCUGGAGAAGAAGCAGCGCAGGAUGUGCCGGCGGGACCCCGGCGUGGCCGAGACCCUGAUGGAGGCGAUCAGCAUGAGCGCGCUGGAAUGCCAGUACCAGUUUCGCUUCGAGCGCUGGAACUGCACCCUGGAGGGUCGCUACCGGGCCAGCUUGCUAAAGAGAGGUUUUAAGGAGACAGCCUUCUUGUACGCCAUCUCCUCUGCGGGGCUGACGCAUGCCAUGGCCAAGGCAUGCAGCGCGGGGCGGAUGGAGCGUUGCACCUGCGACGAGGCCCCUGACCUGGAGAACCGGGAGGCUUGGCAGUGGGGCGGCUGCGGUGACAACCUGAAAUACAGCAACAAGUUUGUCAAAGAGUUCCUGGGGAGGAAGCCCAACAAGGACCUGCGAGCCAGGGUGGACUUCCACAACAACCUCGUGGGCAUGAAGGUCAUCAAAGCUGGAGUGGAGACAACCUGUAAAUGCCACGGCGUAUCUGGAUCCUGUACUGUCCGAACGUGCUGGAGGCAGCUCUCUCCAUUCCAUGAAAUAGGGAAGCAGCUGAAGCAGAAGUACGAGACAUCGCUCAAGGUGGGCAGCACUACCAAUGAGGCCACGGGGGAAGGAGACAUCUCCCCACCCAAGAAGUCCAACCCUGGUCACAGUGAUCAAAUCCCAAGGACUACGGAUCUUGUCUACAUUGACGAUUCCCCAAGCUUCUGUAUGAUGAGUAGAUACUCACCUGGGACUUCGGGAAGGAAAUGUUACAAAGACAAGAACUGUGACAGCAUCUGCUGCGGGCGAGGGCACAACACGCAGAGCCGGGUGGUCACCCGUCCGUGCCAGUGCCAGGUCCGCUGGUGCUGCUAUGUGGAAUGCAAGCAGUGCACCCAGAGAGAAGAGGUUUACACCUGCAAAGACUGACGCGUCUUCUGCUUGAUGGCAACCCUCGGUGACGGGCAGUGGCGAUCUAUGAGAACUGCAUAUGGAGACAAACAGGGUUUGAUUGACCUUCUGGGAUCUGAAAGCUAUGUUGAGACAUAAGCACUUUGUAGGGUACAGGUGACCCAGCUGUGUUGCUGUUUUGUUUUUGUUUUUUUUUUUUUUUUUUUCCUGUAGACUGGAUUUUAAUGAGGUCCAACCAUGUGGAAAUAAGUGCCUGUCACACUGGGGUUAGACACCAGUUGACCUUCACCUUAGUCGUCUACGCAGUUUGACGGAUCGUUUCCUUGGAACACCUUGAUCGUUUCGCCAAUCCUCCAUGAACUCCUGGCCUGAUAUAUUCUCUUUGGCAUAAAUAACCUGUGCUCCUUUGUUCCUGAAGCUUACCCAGCUGCUUAGAGAGAUAAGCAGAUGCAAAAGGAAGAUCUUUCUGCUUUCAAUGCAACGGUGUGGGAAGCGGUCAUUUAUGUCCCUUUCUACAACUGGAGAGAGGCAUGCAGGGAAAGCAGGAACGGCCCUGAUGGUUCGUUCCUCUGCUGGGGCUUCUGCACGUCAAGCCCACCAGGCUCUGACAGAGCCCCCUGGCAGGGCGAGCUCUUUAACCACAGCUCCGUAUCCACAUCCAUUGAUCACCAAAUACAGCUCAAAAAACAUUGGGUCUACCAUGUUGCAGACAGAAACAUAUCCAAGAAAGAGGUUGGGAAGCCAGUAGAAAACCAGAUGUGCCUGUCCCCUUCAGUCCAAUCACAUGGUUUUUUUUAAAACAAUUUCAUCAAAUGCGGUUUCUUUAGCACUAUCACCGUCUUAAUUAUUUUUUUUUAAAAAACCACUAGAUACUUUUGUUUUAUUUUCAUUUUGUGCAUGAUUUAUUUUUCUCUCCUCUUCCCACCUCUUGUUGAUCGGAUUCACCCUGUGGUAACUGCUUCAGAAAUCUGAACUGGAACUUUUUAGUCUUAUGCCAGCUGAAUUUGGACAUGCAUUUCUGAGUAGGACAAGAGAAACUGGAGUGCAUCUUGGAAUGUGGUGCUGCCUCGCAUUGUAUAGCAGCCGUUUUGGAGUGGAGAAGACUUCUGGAGGAGUUGACUUUGAUUUUAUUAGGUCAUCAUUCCAUUUACUCUAAACUAUGGCAGUGGUACAUGACACAAGCUGUAUGUAAACCCUAUGACCUUAAAAUAUUUUUUUUUUAACCACUAGAUUACGAAAUGUAUUUUAAAAAUACAACUGCUAAAUUUUAACCAACUCUUGGAUUCGGAACAACCAAUUGAUGCAGAGACAAACUAUCAAGUGGCCAGAGAAGCCAGAAAUGGACUGCAGUGGUAGAUCACUCUGACACUGUGAAAUAGAUGACAACCUUUAGCAUUUCUUUUUUCCUUUGAAGAGGAUAUUUACAAUCCAGGAUUUGAUGCGGCAAUAUUCUUCAGUCAUAUAGAAGUGGAUUGGAAGCAGCUGGUGAAUGCCUCAACGAAGCUUUCUAAGGAAACACUGGAGAGCAGAGGGCAUUUUAUUUUACUUUUGGUAGCAAUUUUUUAUUGUCCAGUAGUAGCAAUUUCCACCAAUUUGAUAGAAGCCAUUAAUCUGGUACUCAAAAGAAGAAAUCUGCCUGGAGUUUUUCAAGCAGUAGUAGAUGUUAGCCAAGCAAAAAGAGAGCAGUUUCCCAAGAUGGACCAUUAUUUUUCAGGUUUUUUUUCUUUUCUUUCUUUCUUUUUAAUUUCUGCUCCCCACCCACCCCCCCCGCCCCCCAAAUAGUAGCCACUAAUAUUUAAGCUGUUCAUGUGCAUCUACUGGGAGGAGAAAAUAUUUUUUUUUUUUCUUAGUAACAAAUACUUGCAGUACAACCUGGCUCGUUGGCAUCAAGUCUUGAGGUGGAGGCAUGGGGCAGGAUGGGAUGUUACUGUUAGUAGCACUAUGGUCUUGCAAAGUGAAGCAUACUGUUUCUUUUUUGAUGUUUGCUUAUUUGCUGUACAAUUCGGGAGGUUGGGGUAGUGCUGGAGCAGGAGGAAUCCACACGCGGCGUUUGUCCCUUCCACCACAGCAAAUGCACGUUGGUGCAUUUGACGCAGAAAGUUUGCAGGAAGGUCUCGCAGCUCCUGGGAGAUGCACCGCUUUGAAAGUCACCCACGAGCAGUUUAUCUAAUGGUUUGAAAAAUAAACUGACUAGAAACCUAUUGUUCAGUGUGUCCAUGUGUGUGUAUAUAUACACACACGCUGACACACAUAUAUAUAAAUAUUGAACGAACAUUUAUUUAUUGUAAAGCCCUUCAGAAGGACCUUCUUAUGGUUUCAAUGUGGUAUUAUGUUAAAUUCUCUUUCUCCCUCUGUCUCUGUCUCUCUCUCUCUCUCACGUAUGUGCAAACUCACUGUUACAUUUCUGUGUGUGUGCUAGAAUAGCUCUUCCCCUCCAAAGUAAGGCCAGAUCCAAACCUGCUCAGAACAGGAGGAUUUUUGGGUCUGAGUUACUAUUUCUGGCUCCAUUCUUUUUUUUUUUAAAUACUUGUUCUUAAUUAAAGAAUGGGCUGCAAUAUAUGUGCAUUAUUAUUUUUAUUAUUAUUAAUUAUUAUUUUUAUUAUUGUUAUAUUUAAACCAUGGGCCUCAUUUUCCUUCUUUUCACUGGUGUCUCUGUCUCCGUUGACCUCGCUGGAGUAACUCUGCAUUGCACUGGUGUGAGAGGAGAAUGAGUCCCUAGAUGCAGAAGAGAGGGUGGUGUUGGCAUAGAUAUCAUUGCAGAGAAAUGCCUGGGUCGGCUGGGGAUAGGGGCGCUUGGUGUGUUUGGCAGCGGGGGGAGAGAGAGGUGGGUGGGCAAUAAGGCAGGCUGUCAAAGCUUGACUAGAAGAAAGUGGCAAAGAGUGAAUGAACUACUGAGUGAAAGAGCUCUUCUGUGUAUUAUAAUUCACGCACUGAAGCCUGGAUGCUUUCUGUAAGUAUUUAAAAAAAAAUCAAAAAAAAAAUCAAAAAAAAACCACCACAAAAAACAAAUUGUAUUUAUGUUAAUGUGGAUAUAUUACUUGCCUGUUAUAUAUUGUAAAUAGCAAGGUUUAUUCUCCUGUGGUUAAAAAAAAAAUUAUAAAUAACUAAAUAGUAGCGAGGCACAUGUGUUAAAUGUAUAGGCAGUGUAUAAAAUAUACUAACACUCUGAAAUCAGGAGAACUUGUCUUCUUGGCCUUUUGACCUAGGGUGGUAAAACAUACGUGGGUUAUUUUUCUUUCCCCCCCACCGCGUUGUGUGUGCUUUGGGUGGGGGAGUGUUUAGUCCCAGCGUUUUCCAAUGUUUGCCUUAUCUUUGAAGAAAGACUUGGGGGGCGGGGGGGGGGGCAGGGAGCGGAAACCUUGUUUUGGAAAAAUCCAGUGGAGCUUGAGUAGGAUGGAACAAGUAGCGGCUGGCAGAAUUGACUUGGGUUUUCUGCUGGUGAUAGAUGUGUGUUGGGAUUGCAUUAACCCAGGGAGCAAGAGCUUCUGCUUGCGCCGCUCCGUACGCGAGCUCAGAGAGCCCUAGAUGAGAGACUCCAAAGCCCUCUAUAAAACAUUGCGUGGUCUCCAGUAAAACCCAUUUGUGUUCCAGCUCUAGGAAACUGGAUUUUUCCAGAAAGGCUAAUUCUGCCACCACACCAUUGGAUCUCCAGUGCAAUUCAAUGAAAUUGCUCGGUUUUGUAAAACUACUACAAGAGUGGGUUUGGGUCCCUGACUUUUUCAUGGUGUCGUUUCAUAUAUAUAUAUAAAAAAAAAAGUGCAAAGCAACUUUCCCCCUUUUUCUUACCCCCAGAAAAACAGGCUUUUGCGGCAGAUGUAACUGGACGGGUGUAGGGGAGGUUUCUGAUCCCCUUUAACUCCCUGUCCCCCCCAAAAGCGUCAAUGUGUUGGUUCUCCUAAGCUGAUCCAGCAAGACUUGCGAGAUCAGUUUUGGGGUGGGGGGGUGCAACCAUUAUUUAUAUAACUUUUUUAUUAAUUUUUUUAAAAGAGAAGUUAGCUGAUGGAAGAAUAUUUUUAUUGAAUAGUGCAUUUAGUUAUGUCAGAAAUAUAAAAAAAAUAUAUAAUAUUUUUGUAAACAAGGCAAACUGAAAAUGUUUGCUGUUUUAUAUUAGAAUUUUCUAUUAAAAGAAAUAAAACCCCCCACAAAUAAUUGUUGCACCCAUCAUCUGAUUUUAACAAGCUUCUAUUCUGUGUGACUGACAUAUAUGCCGGAUGUGGAGACAUGCAAAACAAGUCCUAAACAUUACGUUCUCACUGUCCUCCAGCUCUGAAAAGACUCCAGUUGGUGAAACAAACAGUGUUUAGUCAAAGGGGCUUGCUUUUUUUUGUUUGUUUGUUUUUUGGAUUCUUGACACUAAAAAUGAGUUAUGAAGAAUAAGUAGCUUGUAAUUAAAAUACAAAAACCUAACCCGAAACUUGAAGCUUACCCUUUUUUAGUUGUGCAUCCUGGUCUUGAGAUGGCUCUGGAUGGAGGAAAGUUGAAACCUAUUUACAGUAACUGGAUCAAUAACUAGAUGUUUGCCAUUGAUCUCCAUUGGCCUGGGAAGAAUGACUCUUAAAACUGUUGGGGAAAAAAAAAUAAUCUGAGUACAUGGGAAGGUUAAAUGAAGAGGACCAAAUUCCAGACUUGAUCUAACACAAGCAGUUUUUAUCUAUUUGAAUGAGGCAGUGUAGAAAUGGGGAGUUGGGACCUUGGUCGGCUGUGGUUCAGGAAGCCUGUCGUUCACCUUUGGAAGCAAGGAUGAGUUAUGGACCAUCUGUUUCCAAAAGAGCUUUUGGGAUUGCUGGUUUGGAGACCUGAGCAGGGGCAAAAUAAUUUCUGAAGUUGGUGUUUGUUUUUGGUUUUUUGGUUUUUUUUUUUUUUGCAGCCAGCCAGCUCAUACACAUCUGCCUUCCGUCAGCCCAGGUCUUGAAUUUCUUUGUUAAUUGUUUUUCAGCUGCCCUGUGUUAGUGAACAUGCAUUAGGUUGGUUUGGCUGUGGUAGGGUUGGACGAGAACCCAGAUGAAGGGACAGAUUCUUGAGAGUACUUUCAUGGAGUAGAUGCUGCUUAAGGUAAUUUUCUGGUGGAUUACGGUGCCUGUGAAAAAUUCCUCAGUUGAUGUUGCAGUAAAAUUAGGUCUGUUCUGUACUCAAACAGGUGCAGCAAAGCUCUUCGUUCCUGGUUUGCUGGGCUCUGCGUGCACAUCUGUUGGGUUGAAUCUGGCUUCCAUGAGCAGCUCGUCCUGCCUUUCAGUUUUCGGGAUGCUAACUAGGUGAUGAAUUUUGGAGAGCAACAUUUUCCUGCAGGAGAAAUGGUGCCUUUUAGGACCAUUGCUGCUCGUGUAACUCAAAGGAGGCUCAGUACCGCACAGGAUCAGUCCUGUAGAAAAGUGGUCAUUGCUAAAGCAGUCAAACUUAGGGCCAGGGAUAUUGCCGUUGAAUAGCUUUUAGAUCUGUUUUUCGGUGAUGAACAUUGGAUUGGACUGAGCAAUUUACACGUUCCAGGAAACAGAGUCUUUCUGAACAACACAGGACUCUGUAGUACCUGUGGGUGGGGAGGAAGAGCAGAUGGAUUUUGCAAGCACAGUUUAGCUCUGGUAUCGUGGUGGGCUUCCUGUAACUGCAUUUAUUCAGGUGCAGGGAGUCAGUAGGGUUGAGGCCAUAAGCGAUUCAGACACAGAAAGUUCAGCAGGCUUAUCAGGGGACACAUCUGAAUAACUCAUUUGCCACAGUUGCUGCUGCAUGUUUGCAGAAAUGGGCAAACCCCUUCUCAACAGCAUUGGGCAAGGUGACGCAAAGGGGCAGGAGAUUCCUCCCUCACCCAGUCCUCCUUUUUGUCACAGGGUUGCUCAGGAAAGUGGGGGGAGAUGCUGACAUGCUUGGGGUAGCGGGGCAUUUGUAGUGAGCCUGGAAUCAUCCCUCGCUGGAUGCUGAGCCCAUGGUCUGCAGUCAGUGUGGCCACCUCCUGCAAGCGUUGUGGCCCAUGGGAGGUGCCACUUUUCCCCUGCUGACAAUAGAAGGGGAUAAAGACACAGAAACCUAGGUUAAUAGAAGUUAAUAGAAGUGGGGAUGAGUUUAAGACUAAUUAAAUUAUGUGUGGAUAACCCUGCCAGCUCCUGUUGGGUAUGGACCCAUUCGAAACAGCAUCACCAAACCAGCACAGGAAUUUUCCCUUGUUCCACCCUGCUGCAGUCUCUUAACGAUGCCCUUUGAGGCCUGAAUGUAAAGUCUAGGAUUUGUUUUGCACACCUGGGAUGGCAUUUCCUUUUAAAGGGAGGUGGGAAUACUAACAUGAAGGAUUAGUAUUUUUCUUUUGUUUUUCGUUUUGUUUUUUUUUUUUGUUUUUGUUUUUUUUCCAGUGUCUUAUGGGAGCCUAAGUUAUUUUUCUCUACCUCAUAUGUACAGCUUGUAGGUAUAAAUCUGAUUCUGAGUGACUGUUGAGAAUGUAUUUAAGUUAUUUAACAUCUUUGUAUAACAAAAAAAGCCAGAACAAAUGAAACAAUAAAUGUAUUUUAAAUUAUA